AUGUACAGCAUGCAGUCAGUGAACUAUGAAGAAGUGAAACAGUUCCAGUUCCAAAUUCAGGCCACAUACCCUGGUGUUCCUCCACUAAGCAGCAAGGUCACUGUCAACGUUUUUAUUGUGGAUGAGAAUGACAACAGUCCUGUGAAUCUCCCGCCUUAUUCUGACCACGGCUCCGUUAAUUCUGAGAACAUUCCCUAUUCUGCUGAAGCGGACAAAUUGGAACCAGCAAUGAACACCACACACCCUGACGGGAGCUGGUCUUACUCCAAAUCUACCCAGCAGUAUGACGUGUGUUUAGCUCUGACAGACUGAAGAGUGAGUGAGUAGAUUUCCCCACGCCAUUUCCACCUGCUGAUGCUGAGCUGAUCAGUAUUAAUGGUGGGGACACAGAUGCUUCCCAACACUAUAUUAGCAUAUUCUAUAUCAUUCUACUAAUAGUGUUUUGAAACAGUUACUUACAUGUGCCUGUAAGGCAUUGUUGUUAUGUUUUUAUCUUUGCUGCUAAUUAAUAGGCAAAAGAUCCAACCAAAGAUCCAGGUUUGGAAAGAGGAUUGUUUUGCACUGGUUUGAGAGUAGGCACAUAUGAACAUUUGCAAUCCCACCUGUGCUAGAGUAGCUACCAGGAACUAUUGACUACGCUGUAAAAACAAACAAACAAACAAACAAAUAAUCCUGUUGUUUUUAAGGUAACUUACUGGCAGCCGUUACCUGUAAAUUACUGUAAAAGUAUGUUAGCGUAAAUUCCAAAGACAUUUGGUUUAACAGUAUAUUAUGACCCUUUCUCUUCAGAAAAAGGCUGACUGUUUUCAUGUUUCAACGCUGGGAGUCGCUGUUGACCAUGAUAGAAAUGCACCUGACUGAAAUCCUGGGCUCCUCCUGUCCUUAGCUACAUGGUGUCUAUAUGUAGGCUAGCAUAGCAGUGGAGCCUUUGUUGAAGAACACAUUUAAAUACUUUGAGGUACAGAUAAAUCGUCUGGGUGGAAUGUCGUGAAUUUUUAGUUCUACUCCUACCUAGUUUUCAAUCUGAUCAAUUUUGGAUUACUCUGGAUUACGGUGUCAAGGAGCUGAGCAGCGAUGGGUUUGUGUGACCGUAGGAUACGUGUUUGGAUACAGUGUUUUGUGCUUCUUUAUUCAUGGGGAUUGUGUUCCGGACAGACCAUCUACUCGGUGUCAGAGGAGGUGGAUAAAGGCACAGCUGUUGGAAAUAUCGCCAAAGACCUCAAUCUAAAUGUGCAAGAUCUGGAAUCAAGAGGAUUUGAGAUUGUAACAGGAUCGAAUAAGAGGUAUUUUGACAUAAACCGGGAGUCUGGGCUUCUGUUUGUCAAUGAAAGAAUCGACAGGGAGAUGCUGUGUCAGAAUUCAGUCAAAUGUUUUGUAAAUGUUGAAGCAAUUUUGAAAAAUCCAACUAAUCUCCAUCACAUUGAGGUUAACAUUAUAGACAUAAACGACAAUGCACCUUCAUUCCGAAACUCAAUUCAUAUCUUCAAUAUUACUGAAUAUGCCUCUCCAGGAGAGAGAUUUUCUUUGCCUAAAGCUCAGGACAUGGAUGUCGGCAGUAACUCUGUGAAAACCUACAAGCUGAGUCCAAAUGAACACUUCUCCCUGGAUGUACAGAGCGGUGGCGAGCAGAUGUUUGCUGAGCUAGUGUUACAGAAACCUUUAGACCGAGAGAAACAGGCUGUGAUUAAGUUGAUAAUGACUGCUGUUGAUGGAGGAAAACCUCCUAUUUCCGGGACACUACAGAUUAUUGUCAACGUUAUUGAUGUAAACGAUAAUUCCCCAUUUUUCAGCGAACAACUCUACAAAGUUCAAGUUCCUGAGAAUGUCCCAAGUGGAGCAACAAUUCUUACUCUAAAUGCGACUGAUUUUGAUGAGGGUGUAAACGGAGAUAUAGUUUAUUCUUUAACGACAAACGAAGAUUCAAAAAAUACAGAAAUGUUCUCCAUUGAUCCACAGUCGGGAGUUGUCAUCUCUAAAGGCAAAAUAGACUAUGAGGAAAGUACCGCAUUUGAGAUUCGUGUACAGGCUAAGGACAGGGGUCUCCCUCCUCGUAGCAAGCAGUGUAAAGUCUUAGUUGAAGUGCUUGACGUGAAUGACAAUGCUCCAGAGAUAGCUGUAACAUCACACAUGGGCGCAGUGAAAGAGGACUCUCUAAUUGGCACCGUUGUCGCGUCCAUAAAUGCAAUAGAUAAAGAUGGAGGUAAAAAUGGACAUGUUAUGUGUGCCAUAGUGGGAGACGUUCCUUUUAAACUGCUCUCUACUUAUAAUAACUAUUAUUCUGUUGUAGUGGACGGACCUCUAGACAGAGAGAGAACUUCGCAGUAUAAUGUCACGGUCAGUGCUAAAGAUGAGGGCACCCCACCUCUCUUCAAUACCACUGUUAUUACAGUUCAGGUUUCUGAUGUGAAUGACAACCCACCUCGCUUUUCAGAACCCAUAAUAAACGUUUUUGUAAAGGAGAAUAGUGCCGUGGGAGUUUUAAUUUUAAGCUUGACUGCAAGUGAUCCCGAUGUCAAUGAGAAUGCUCAAGUUGCGUAUUCGAUGCUGGAAACUAGCAACAACAUCCCUUUGUCUAUGAUGAUAAACAUUAACUCUUUAACUGGUGAGAUUUAUAGCAUGCAGUCUUUUAACUUUGAAGAAGUAAAAAAGUUCCAAUUUCAAGUUCAGGCCACAGACUUCGGUGUUCCUCCACUAAACAGCAACGUCACUGUCAACGUUUUUAUCCUGGAUGACAAUGACAACAGUCCUGUGCUUCUCCCGCCUUAUUCUGACCACGGCUCUGUUCAUUCUGAGAACAUUCCCUAUUCUGCUGAAGCGGGCUACUUUGUGGCCAAGAUCAGGGCUGUAGACGCCGACUCUGGUUAUAAUGGGCUCCUUUCUUAUCACAUCGCUGAACCAAAGGGGACCAAUCUCUUCAGAAUUGGAACCAGCAAUGGAGAAAUAAGGACUAAGAGACGAAUGAGUGACAAUGACUUAAAAACUCACCUGUUAGUCAUUUUGGUGUCUGAUAAUGGAGAACCGUCCCUGUCUGUGACUGUGUCUAUUGAUGUUGUGGUCUUUGAAAGUACAGGUGACAUGCAGACAACUUUCAGGCAACUGCCUGUAAAGGAGGAACGUUUCUCAGAUUUAAAUCUGUAUCUGCUUAUUGCCAUUGUGUCAAUAUCAGUGAUAUUUAUACUGAGCCUCAUCAGUUUAAUAGCUGUAAAGUGCCACAGGACAGACGGCAGAUUCAGCAGGUACAGCGCCCCAAUGAUCACCACACACCCUAACGGGAGCUGGUCUUACUCCAAAUCUACUCAGCAGUAUGAGGUGGGUUUUAGCUCCGAUACACUGAAGAGUGACGUGGUAGUUUUCCCCACACCGUUUCCACCUGCUGAUGGCGAGCUGAUCAGUAUUGAUGGAGGGGACACUUUCCAAAGGACACGAACUCUCCCUAACACAGAGAAGGUAAGGGCAACUAUUAUUAUUAUUUUUUAUUGCGUUGUGUCGUUUUUUUCCACUGAAAGAUUAUUAUUAUCUUGCUUGCACUUUGUAUAUAUUUUCUUAAAUAUGUAAAUAAAUAAAAAAUAUUGCACGAAUUAAAUCCUAUAUUACUUACUGAAACUGUUCAAAUUGUAUUGGUGCGGUUUUGGUUAGGUAAAAAGAAGCUCAAAAUCAAUCAAUGAGGUACUGUAUAAAGCGUCACUAUUCAGCAUCAUGGACAGCGACAUACGGCUGCUUUGAUUAGUGUCAGUCUCAUUCCUGCUCACAUGUUUUCUCGAUUAAAUUGAUGCAAUGUUAUUAAUAUUCUCCUCUAUUAUAUAAAUAUACGAACCUGUCGAAAUAUAGUAGUUCGGUUGUUUAUUGUAGAAGCAACAACUGGUAAAGACAAAAAUGUAUGUGUACACCAUAGAAUGUAAGAGCUCUUGGUGUCGCUGUAGACCGUGAUUAUAUUCAGCUGACUGCUAUAUAAUAUAUAAUCAUUCCUCCCCUAACUCCCACUGCUGAAGGUAGAGUCAGGGGAUGCACUUUAGAUAGGCCUGUAUGUAGAAACAACCGUGGAAUACUAGAGAUUUGUCUUGUAAAACGCGAUCUUAGCAAUAUUACGAAUCUACUGUAAACAACUCACAGAAUAAUCAGACGGUCAGUACAUUGUGGAUAUUGUUGGAUUCGGAUUCUGCUGCUUCUUUGUUUAUGGCAUUUAUCUUCCGGUCAGAUCGUCUAUUAUGUCUCAGAGGAGGUGAACAAGAGAACCGUUAUUGGGAAUAUAGCCAAGGACCUGAAUCUCAAUUUUCAGGAACUUGAGUCCCAUAUGCUUCAGAUUGUAUUUUGUUGUGAACCUAAAAACUGGCGUCCUAUUGGUGAAUGAGAGAAUCGACCUGGAGGAGCUUUGUGAGACCAAUCAGAAGUGUUCUUUAAAUGUGCAGGCCAUUGCGCACAAUCCUCUAAACAUUUUUCGUGUUGAAAUAGAGACACUGGAUAUAAAUGAUAAUGAACCUAAUUUCUUGGUAAAUUCACUGGCAUUAAAUGUUUACGAAAACGCUGCUGCGGGAGAGCGAUUUCUUCUGCCAGUGGCUGAGGAUGCGGAUGUGGGCCGAUGUGGCCAGUAUUAAUGGAGGAGAUACUGUUCAAAGGACUCAAACUCUGCCAAACAGUGAGAAGGUAAGGACAACUUUUCAUAAUAAAUAUUUUUUGUCAUUGAGUUUAGAUGUAUUUUUUUUACUGACAAAUUGUUAUCAUCUUGCGUGUAUAUUCUACACAUUCUUCUUAAUUUGAAUCCCUUCUAACUUGACGAGAGAGUACAACUUGUGUGGGUAUGUUUAGGUUAGGUCAAAUCCAGCUUUGAAUGCUGUGGUGUUUAGCGUUUCAAUUCAGCUCUAUGGACAGCGACAUACGACUACUUGCAUUGGUUUGUGUCAGACUCGUUCAUACUAACAUGUUUUCUGCAGCACGGUUGUUUCGUAUUAUUUUUGAACCUGUCAAAAUAUUAUAGUUUUUUGGGUUGUUUAUUGUAGAAGUAACAACCAGUAUAGACAUGCACAUGCCUGCGCUUAAUUUAUGCUAAAUAGUUAUCCGCAGUCUCUAGUGCCAGGGGUAGUUUCGAAAGCCCUUUGUUCCAUAUUGACAUGUGCUAGCAAGUCUCUCACUCUACAUGAUGUAUUUGGUCGUGUUUGCAAUGUCGCAGAACUCUUAAUCGUUUUGGAUACUCAUGCGUAUUACGCAUGACCAACCCAGCUUUUUUAUAGUUCGAAGAUGCGUUCUUGUUAUAGUUGUAUCCUUUUAUUUGAAAUAGUACUCUUUAAAAGGUUGAUUUUGGCCACAAUUGGUUUGUUAACAGUGACGGUGGUGUAAUUGACACAUAACAGAUUAGUUUUGUCAAUAGUAUUUAUGCUGUAGCCUAUACAUACAGAAAACACAGGAUGUCGCUGUUGACCAUGAUAAUUAUUAAUAGGAGGAUUAAUGCUGGACUCCUUCUCUAGUGAAUACCAAAAAGGGAAUCGAGUUGAAACCAGUUUUUUGUUUUGGGAGGAGAGGGAAAUUAUAGUUUGUCUUUUUGUCCGAGAUCACUUUGGUUAUACUAGCACGGACUAGCAGAGCCUGCAUUAGGCUAUGCACAUUUUUCCCCUUUGAGUAUUGUUGUAAUUAGCGCUUACUUGUACAGCGAUGGGCCUGUGCGACCACAGAAGACGUGUUAGGAUACGAUAUAUUCUGCUGCUUUGUUCAUGGGGAUUGUGUUCUAGACAGUUCGUGUAUUCCGUCUCAGAGGAGGUGGAUAAAGGCACAUUUGUUGGAAAUAUAGCUAAAGACCUAAAUCUAAAGUUGAAAGAACUGGUUUCGAGAGAGAUUCAGAUUGUAAGGAGAUAUUUUGAUGUCGACGUGAAGACGGGUAAUCUUUUUGUCAAUGAGAGAAUUGACGGAGAAGCCCUCUGCCCAAACUCAGUAAAAGGCUCCUAUUGAUGUUGAGGCGAUAUUGAAUAAUCCUAUUUAUAUACAUCGUAUUGAAGUUAACAUUGUGGACAUAAAUGACAACCCGACAUCAUUUGCGGAGCGCAUCCACGUUGUCAAUAUGACUGAAUCCGCCUUUCCAGGGGACAGAUUUCCUUUACCGUUCACCAGUGAUGCGGAUGUUGGAAGUAACUCUGUAAAAACCUACAAACUGAGUCCAAACGAACUCUUCUCUCUGGAUGUACAGAGCGGUGGCGAGCAGUGUGUCUGCUGAGUUAGUGCUACAGAAAGCUUUAGACCGAGAGAAACAGGAUGCGAUAAAGCUUGUACUGACUGCUGUUGAUGGAGGAAUACCUCCACGAUCCGGAACUCAACAGAUAGUAAUUCACGUAAUAGAUGCGAACGUAAAUACUCCGACUUUCUCCAAACCUCUCUAUCAAGUGCAAGUGUCAGAAAAUGUUGCAUUUGGAACAUAAUUCUAACUUUAAACGCAACAGACUUAGACAAGGGGGUGAACGGUGAAAUUGAAUACUCAUUCACUGGGAAAGGAGAAAUGGGCCCUCAACAUGUCUUUAAACUCAACCAGCAUACUGGUGAAUUAACAGUAAAAGGGCGUUUGGAUCACGAGGAAAACCCUUCAUUUGAAAUCCGUGUACAAGCAAAAGAGAAGGGUAAUCCACGAAGGAGUGCCUAUUGCAAAGUCAUAAUUGAAAUACUUGAUAUGAAUGACAAUUCCCCAGAGAUAAUAGUGACGUCACCUCCUGUCGCAUUGCAAGAGGAUGCUAAGAAAGGAACAGUUGUGGCUUCAAUAAAUGUGCGUGACAAAGAUGGUUGAAAAAAUUGACUCAUCAAGUCCGAAGUAAUCGGAGAUGUUCCUUUUAAAUUACAGUCAUCUUAUAAAAACUAUUACUCUAGUUGUAGACGGGCCUCUGGACAGAGAGAGUGCAUCUCUUUAUAAUGUAACUAUUAAAGUCACAAAUGAAGGGACCUCACCUCUCUCCAGCGCUAGUGUUAUUAUGUACACAUUUCUGAUGUGAAUGACAACGCGCCAAGCUUUCCAGAGCCCAUAAUGAUCGUGUAUAUCUAUGAGAAUAGUACAGUGGGGUUCCUGUUGGCAGCGUGACAGCGAAUCACCCUGAUAUCGAUGAAAACUCUACAUUUACUUACGCACUGGAGAAAUAUACAGCUUGCAGUCAUUUAACUACGAGGAGAUAAAAACAUUCCAGUUCCACGUUCAGGCCACAGACUCUGGUGUUCCUCCACUAAGCAACAAUGUCACUGUUAAAGUUUUUAUCCUGGAUGAGAAUGACAACUGUCCUGUGAAUCUCCCGCCUUAUUCUGACCACGGCUCUGUUCAUUCUGAGAACAUUCCAUAUUCUGCUGAAGCGGGCUACUUUGUGGCCAAGAUCAGUGCUGUAGACGCCGACUCUGGUUAUAAUGGGCUCCUUUCUUAUCAUAUCUCUGAACCAAAGGGGACCAAUCUCUUCAGAAUUGGAACCAGCAAUGGAGAAAUAAGGACUAAGAGACGAAUGAGUGACAAUGACUUAAAAACUCACCCGUUGGUCAUUCUGGUGUCUGAUAAUGGAGAACCUUCCUUGUCUGUGACUGUGUCUAUUGAUGUUGUGGUCUUUGAAAGUACAGGUGACAUGCAGACAACUUUCAGGCAACUGCCUGUAAAGGAGGAGAGUAUAUCAGAUUUAAAUCUGUAUCUGCUCCUCGCCAUUGUGUCAGUAGCAGUGAUAUUUAUACUGAGCCUCAUCAGUUUAAUAGCUGUAAAAUGCCACAGGUCAGAAGGCAGUUAAAGCAGGUACAGCGCCCCAAUGAUCACCACACACCCUGACGAGAGCUGGUCUUACUCAGUAUGAAUGGAGCGGACACUUUUAAAAGAACACACACGCUUCCAAAUAGUGACAAGGUAAGCUAUUGUUUUCUUUAAUGACCCCAUAUUCAAAACCGUGAUUGUAACCUGGUGUUUUUGGUGUGUUUCUAUUGUGGAUUUCGGUAAUCUUGUUUAGGCCUAACUUCAGUUAUCUCGAAGGUAGGCCUAUAUUGGCCUUUUAGGUAACGAAAUGUGACUUGCCAGUAGGAAGUUAUAUUUAUGUAAGUAGUUUUGUAUUAUCUAUAAUUUUAGGAGAUUCGUUUUUGGAUUAUUGUAGUUGAUAAAAAUUACGCCAUUAAGAGGAGUUAUUCAAGCAUCCAUUCAGCACCACGGACAGCGACUCGGUUCGGCAUGCGCUUAUCACUUCUCAGUUGCGUAAAUAGGUCUUGUAGCAUUCUCCUUUAUCCUUAAAAAAUAUAUUUUACAAUGCAUUUCAUUUUGUCAGACUAUGUUUAGGCUACCAGUCGUUAAACAGCAGAGAUCAGUGGCGAUUUUAGCAUGUACAGUGGGGAGAACAAGUAUUUGAUACACUGCCGAUUUUGCAGGUUUUCCUACUUACAAAGCAUGUAGAGGUCUGUAAUUUUUAUCAUAGGUACACUUCAACUGUGAGAGACGGAAUCUAAAACAAAAAUCCAGAAAAUCACAUUGUAUGAUUUUUAAGUAAUUAAUUUGCAUUUUAUUGCAUGACAUAAGUAUGUGAUACAUCAGAAAAGCAGAACUUUAAUAUUUGGUACAGAAACCUUUGUUUGCAAUUACAGAGAUCAUACGUUUCCUGUAGGUCUUGACCAGGUUUGCACACACUGCAGCAGGGAUUUUGGCCCACUCCUCCAUACAGACCUUCUCCAGAUCCUUCAGGUUUCGGGGCCAACAGUUGUUGCCUUCUCACCAAGCUGCUUGCCUAUUGUCCUGUAGCCCAACCCAGCUUUGUGCAGGUCUACAAUUUUAUCCCUGAUGUCCUUACACAGCUCUCUGGUCUUGGCCAUUGUGAAGAGGUUGGAGUCUGUUUGAUUGAGUGUGUGGACAGGUGUCUUUUAUACAGGUAACGAGUUCAAACAGGUGCAGUUAAUACAGGUAAUGAGUGGAGAACAGGAGGGCUUCUUAAAGAAAAACUAACAGGUCUGUGAGAGACGGAAUUCUUACUGGUUGGUAGGUGAUCAAAUACUUAUGUCAUGCAAUAAAUGCAAAUUAAUUACUUAAAAAUCAUACAAUGUGAUUUUCUGGAUUUUUGUUUUAGAUUCCGUCUCUCACAGUUGAAGUGUACCUAUGAUAAAAAUUACAGACCUCUACAUGCUUUGUAAGUAGGAAAAUCUGCAAAAUUGGCAGUGUAUGAAAUACUUGUUCUCCCCACUGUACAUCUUGGUGGGGCAAAAAAUAAAAAAAUAAUUGGGGGAUGCAUGCCAGCAAAGCCACUACACAACACACCACAACACUAAACAUUACAUUCAUUGCACUAUAACGGUGAAAAACGGUGCCCACAAACUGUUAGGGCCUACAUAAAGCUGUUCCAACAGCAGUCCCAACAUCUUACCACUGCUACACCUGGCUAUCAGCAGAGCCUUUUCUGGCAGCGAAACAGUUAAUUCAGCCUCAAUCCGUAAUUUCGAUUAAGACAUUAAUGAGUGAGCUAGGAUAGAUGUAGUCAAUAUAACAAUUUGUUCAGCACUUUUGAAAUGUACAGCGACAUCAUUCAGAACAUGUGCUGUUCUUACAGUAUUCUCUCUGUACACCAAGUCAGAACCGUAGGAUAAAUAAAGGGGGCAUAUAAGCAGACAAUGAAAGCUCUUACAAUACUUGACGAUUACAUUUCUCUAAAACAGACUAUAGGCUACAUGUGCACCACCAAGUCAGAACAGUAGGCUAAGUUAUGAGGGGAAAAUUGACCAAAUUAUUAGGGUGAGGCACAUGGGCUACUAACAGCUUACUACCCAACAUACACUUAGUAUUACUUUCUUAGCUACAGUACAAAUAUCUCCCUGGGAUAUUACAUCAUUUAUGCAGCAGUAUACAAGACACCUUUGGUCUCACCUUGUUGUGCUGUGCUCACUUGAACAGGAAGGUGUCGCGGAGGUCCUUCAUGGGCAAAUUUUGUCAUCAAACUUUGUCAUCAGAGUCUGGCAUUCUCUGGAUUUAUGGUGUUUUCAAGACAACGGGGAACUCUGAAAAAAAACAAGGUAUAAUCAUGAUGACAUCAGUGAUCUUCAGGAUGGAGCUCUAGAAAGAGGCCCGAGAUCCCGACUUGCAAUUCCGAGUUGGAUGUCCGUUCAAAACGUAUUUUCCCAGUCAGAGCAUGUUUUUUUCAGAGUUCCCAGUUGUCUUGAACUCACUGAAGUUUGAGAUUUCCCAGUUCUGAGUUUCCAGUUGUUUUGAGCGCGGCAGAAAUCAUGCUGGAUUGACAGCAUGGCCAUUGUUGAAUGUUUAUCAUUUUAAGCUUGGAAAAGAGACCCUUAAACCCAAACGUGGACCACACACCCACUCCACUGAAUAGCAGGCUAGUGAUUGCUUUGCAAUGCUUGCAGUUAGCCACUAAUUCCUUCCAAACCACUCAUUGUUGAAUUUGCAAUUUCCAACUUGUUGAGUAAUGUUUUUGUCCAAUUGCCGAUGAGCACCAAUAUGUUUUAUCUAUAAUUUAUCUUCCCAUGACAAGGAUUGAAAAGGAUUUGCCAGUAGAUUGUCGACUUGAUUCAUGAUGAUGACUGCUAGCUUGUUAGCUAAGAUUUUGGAAGUAUGAUGUUGUGAUCAGUCCAAUCAAAGCUACUGUAGAUAUAACGUGAUUUUACAUAAUUUUAUCUGUGGCCAAUGAUGAGCCUUCUUGGAUGGGCACUUCUAAUGUAACUGUCACGCUCUGGCUCUAGGGACUCUUUUAAGUUGAGCCAGGGUGUGUAGAGUUUAUGUUUUGUGCUCGUUGUGUCUAGUCUAGUUUUUAUAUAUCUAUGUUGGCCAGAGUGGUUCUCAAUCAGAGGCAACGAGUAUCAGCUGUUGCUGGUUGUCUCUGAUUGGGAACCAUAUUUAGUCAGGUGUUUUCCCACAGUGUUUGUGGGAUCUUGUUCCGUGUUGGUUUGUGUUUUGCACCUGUGGACGUCACGUAUCGAUUUGUUGUUUUGUUCGUGUAUCAUUUAAUAAAUAAGUAUGUUCACCUUCCACGCUGCGCCUUGGUCCUCUAUAUCCGACGAUCGUGACAGAAGAUCCCACCAAUACAGGACCAAGCAGCGUGCCCAGGCAGGAGAGGAGAAGCGGCGCCAACCGGGCAGUCGUCGGACAGGCGAGGGGCACCCCCAAUAAAUUUUUAGGGGGGGGCACAUGGCAGGGACGACGGGGCCACUGGAGGCAGAUAAGGGGCGAGUUGGUGGACGAGGAGAGAAGGCCACCGGGUUACGGGAGCCAUUGGUGUAUAGAGGGAAGGAAAAUGUAGAGGCACGGCGAGAGGUACUGAAGUGUGUUGCCAGUCCGGUCCGGCCCGUUCCUGAUCCCUGUGUAAGGCCAGUGGUGUGUGUUCCCAGUACGUUCCAGCCUGUUCCUGUCCAUCGCGCCAAGCCUAUGGUGCGCGUCGCCAGCCCGGCCCGGCCUGUUCCUGCCCCUCGCACCAAGCCUAUGGUCACGUCGCCAGCCCGGCCCGGCCUGUUCCUGCUCCCCGCACCAAGCCAAUGGUGCGCGUCGCCAGCCUGGUCCGGCCUGUUCCUGCUCCCCGCACCAAACCUGUGGUGCGCAUCGCCAGCCCGUGCCCGUUUCACCGGUGCCUGGUCAGGUACCGGUCAGCUGCUCCACACCGGAGCCUGAGCAAUCCGCUCCACCGAAGUCCAGUCCAGCUCCAGCCAGUGGGGCUAGACCAGACCAGGGGCACUACGGGGGGGUUAGUAGAGGGUGGUGGUCAAGCCCGGAGCCGGAACCGCCUCCGAGGAGGAAUGCCCACCCAGCCCUCCCCUGUUCGGUGAUGUUUAGGCGCGGUCGCAGUCCGCGCCUUUAGGGGGGGGGGGGGGUACUGUCACGCCCUGGCUCUAGGGACUCUUUUAAGUUGAGCCAGGGUGUGUAGAGUUUAUGUUUUGUGCUCGUUGUGUCUAGUCUAGUUUUUGUAUAUCUAUGUUGGCCAGAGUGGUUCUCAAUCAGAGGCAACGAGUAUCAGCUGUUGCUGGUUGUCUCUGAUUGGGAACCAUAUUUAGUCAGGUGGUUUUCCCACAGUGUUUGUGGGAUCUUGUUCCGUGUUGGUUUGUGUUUUGCACCUGUGGACGUCACGUAUCGAUUUGUUGUUUUGUUUGUGUAUCAUUUAAUAAAUAAGUAUGUUCACCUUCCACGCUGCGCCUUGGUCCUCUAUAUCCGACGAUCGUGACAGUAACUUUAUGGCACACCCAAGGGACUUGGGAUUUUCGAGCUCUACCCUUAGACUUUGCAGUGAAGUAGUGUCCCCAUAAGUGACAGAACACUGAGCAAAUCACGGCACAACUAGAGAACAUUACCAACCCCUAUGCUCCGUAUUUUCCGCUGGCUGCCCCACCACCACAGAAAGCACUAAGUUAGGCUGAAACACCUGCAUUUUGGAGCUGCCUUACUCAAGAAAGCAAAAAAGAGACCAAGUUUGUAUGCGGCUUUAUUAACUAAAUUAUUUUAUUUAUUUAUUAUCAUUAUUUGCAAACUGAAAUGUGAAACAUAUUAAUGCCAAAAUAACAUGCUAAACAGGCUCUGCCCCACCUGCCCUGAAUGACGGGUCGCCAUUGGCAGAGAUGUAGGGCCACAUUAUUUUGUCUUUGAAAAAUAUUCCACAUGGUGUCACUACAGACCAUGAAUGCUGUAUAAAACCCCUCCACUCCUUGGACUCCGCCUCUCACAUAAUCUCUAAUCUCAUGUGACCAGUACAGAGGCCUCCUCCGUGAAAUGAAACACUGACGUGGACGAAACGAGGGUCCUUUUUUUCUGUAACAUCUGGGAAGCCAUAUGUUGCGUCAUAAAUUAUUUGAAUUUUAAGGACCACUGUGUUGCAUUGUUACCUGCUUGAGGAGACAAUGGCUAACUUUACAUCUUACUUCCACUCAUGGAUUUAUUUGUACUCGUAACUCCUGUGCUUCAUCAUGCAAGCGUUCUCCGAACAGAUUGUGUAUUUGAUUUCAGAGGAGGUAAAACAAGGUAAUUUGUUGGCAAUUUGGCUAAGGAUUUGAAUCUGAACGUACAAGAUAUGGAAUCGUGAUGUUUCAGAUCGUUUCUGCAUCAAAGAAGAGUAACGUCGAUGAAAAUCUGAAAACGGGAAUCUUUUUUGUGAGCGAGAGAGUUGACCAAAUGCUUGCUCGUGCUCUUUACAUCUAGAGGCCAUUGUUAACCAUCCCCUCAGCCUGCAUCGAGUGAAGAUAAAUGUUAUGGACAUCAAUGAUAAUCCGCCCACUUUUCAUGUGAAAGAACAGGUCUUUGAUAUAUCUGAGUCAGUGCUUCAGGUGCUAGGUUCUCGUUGAUGAGUGCUUUGGAUCCCGAUGUUGGAUCAAACGGGGUGAAAACCUACAACCUCAGUCCGAAUCAAUACUUCUCUUUGGAAGUACAGAGCGGUGGAGAGCAGAGUUUGUCUGCUGAGUUAGUGUUAAAGAAAGCGUUAGACCGAGAGAAACAGGCUCUUAUCAAGCUAGUAGUGACUGCCGCUGAUGGGGGAAAGCCUGCUCGAUCCGGGACAUUGGUAAUUGAAGUUAAUGUGCUGGAUAUUAAUGACAACAGUCCUGUUUUUAGCAGCCCACUUUACAAAGUACGUGUGUAUGAAAACGCAGCUCCAGGAACUAAGAUUUUAAUACUGAAUGCGACUGAUCUAGAUGAGGGUCCAAAUGGGGAGAUUUUGUAUCUUUUCAGCCGACAUUGUCAGGAAAACAAUCUAGAUACAUUUUAUAUUUGACGGUGACAUCAACGUUAAAGGAGUGAUCGAUUUUGAAGAAACUGCUUUUUAUAAAAUUAGGGCUGAGACCCUGGACAAAGGCCAAUCAGCAAUGGGUGCUCAUUGUAAAGUGUUGGAUGAAGUAGUUGACGUUAAUGACAACAUACCAGAGAUAAGUGUCACAUCAUUGUUACACGCAGUGAGGUAAGACUGGCACUGCUAUCGCACUAAUUAUUGUCAUAGAUAAAGAUGGAGGAAAUAAUGUAAACUGUAGAUUAAUGGGUGAAUCACCCUUUAACCUUCAAACUUCUUAUCGUAAUCACUACUCUGUUGUUCUCAACGGGGCAUUAGACAGAGAGAGAGUGCCUCACAAUACAAUGUUACUAUCUUAGCAACAGAUGAAGGAACCCCUCCUCUUUCUAGUGCAAGUGUUACCACGGUUUAUAUUUCUGAUGUUAAUGAUAACUCACAACGUUUUGCAGACAGUACCCUUAAUGUGUAUGUCAAGGAAACGCACCCGUUGGAACGCUAAUGUGCACUGUGUCCGCACACUAAUGAACAUGCCCAGGUAUCGUAUUCUGUCUUGGAUAACAACUCAAAGGGAGCUGCAGGUUCUCAUUUUGUCAAUAGUAACUCUUUAACUGGUGAACUUUACAGGUUGCAGUCUUUUAACUAUGAGGAGUUUAAAACGUUUGAGUUCCAAGUUCAGGCCACAGACUCUGGUGUUCCUCCACUAAGCAGCAAUGUCACUGGUAACAUUUUUAUCCUGGAUGAGAAUGACAACUGUCCUGUGAAUCUCCCGCCUUAUUCUGACCACGGCUCCGUUAUUUCUGAGAACAUUCCCUAUUCUGCUGAAGCAGGCUACUUUGUGGCCAAGAUCAGGGCUGUAGAUGCCGACUCUGGUUAUAAUGGGCUGCUUUCUUAUCACAUCUCUGAACCAAAGGGGACCAAUCUCUUCAGAAUUGGAACCAGCAAUGGAGAAAUACGGACUAAGAGUGACAAUGACUUGAGUUACAACUCACCCGUUGGUCAUUCUGGUAUCUGA